AUGGUUCGUCGCUCUCUUGUAACCUCUUCUUACCUACCUUACGGUCAGUACCCAGGGCUUUCAACAAAAAUGAAACACGAACCGGAUCCAACUUCGUCAAAUACAGAUCCAAAUUUGGUUUGGACUGAGCAGGAAGAGAAAGUUUUGGUUCAGCUUGUGGAAAAAUACCAAGAAAGAGUUGAUAAUGGUGAAAUCUCCAUUGAGACUUUAUUCGAUGAAGUAUCCAUUGAGCUUUAUGAAUUAGGAGUUGGUACAGAAAGAACCGGUGCUGCUUGCAAUCAAAUCUGGUUUCGGAUACAUGAUGGCCGGUGUGAUUCCACAGAUGGGGAUGAGGAAAGUAGAGAACUUGAUGAUAAGAUUGUGGGAAGUCAAAAGAAGAAGAGAACAUCAGAACCACAAAGCCUGAUCUUGACAGACAAUGAUAGGGUAUUCAAUGCACAAACUGGUAGUGCUUCGAGAGACACAAACAUACCCAAAAAGCCACGGCUUGAUAUAACUCCAGUCAAAGCAUCAGGCAACAGCCACAGUGGUUUUCUGCCACAAGCUGCCAUAGAUAAGAAUCAUCUCCCAAAUUUCUCUUUUUCAACCUUUGCCCGAAAGCCUGUCGAGCCAGUAACCCCAAAAAGAUAUCUUGAUGAACCGAAUACACCCAUGAAAAUAAAUUCCUUCCCCUUAGUACUCACAAACAAAACAGGCACCGCACUAAGCUCACACAAAGAUCUUUACUCCACUGAGUUCAAAGAAAUAAUGCUCACCGAGUAUCGAAAAAUUGAGGAAAAACUCGCAGCAUCUGCCGAAAGAAAAAAGAAGCUACAGGAUAAGAUUCUUGCAUACCAAACCAGGGCCGAGAUGGAACGCAAAGCCGCUGAGGCUGGUCAGAGAGGAGUGGAAGUGGAGGAGAGAAUUGAAGCUUCUUUGAGAGGGGUAUUGGGUCACUUUGAGCAUUUUAUUGGUUAA